ACACACACACACACACACACACACAGCCCAGUCCUCCAGCAUUAGUGACUGCAUGCGAGUGUGGGACAGACUCUACCCUCCCACGGCCGCUCUGCGCCAACAAGAAGGAGUUUAUUCACCGUCCCGUUGCUGAUUUCUAUUUGUUUGUCACUAACCGCGUAUCUACUCACGUCUUAGGAAUGCCAUGGCUACUCAGAACAACCAGGAUUACUUCAGGUCGGUCAGCAGCGAGUCCACCACAUACAUGAUGGUUCCGGCGAACGGCCGCGGUCGAGAGUCGCCGUCAAAGUUAUGGAUCGCGAUGGUGGUGAUAGUGGUAGUUGUGCUGCAGAUCGCUUCGACCACCGGACUCUUUGUCUACUUAAACAUGUCAUUAUCGCAGGUUAAAAAUCAGGGGGUUACAGAAGAGCUGCGGUGCUUGGGCUUACUCAAUGCCCUGGAUAAAGACCGGGAUAUUCCCGAAGACCUGGCCCAACUGUUUGGAGAACCUUGCAUCAAGCUAGCCGAGGGUAUCAAAGCCUAUAUUUCCAAGGUUACUGACAGUAUCAUCUCCAAACAGGCUUUACACGAAGCAAGAGCCAUGCCACAUUCAUAUAAUACAUCAGGGUCAAAGUUUAUGACCACAGUGACACAGCGACCAUCAGCCCACCUGACCCUCAGCAGCCUGCAAGGUAGCGCUCAAUACUUUUCUCCUCAAGCAGACCUGCACCAGUCUUGUCGCCACCCUGUACGUUCCUGGGCCAACCAGAGCUUUGGCGCCCAUCUGCACAACAUGACGCUGGCCAACGGACGCCUCCGCGUGCCACAGGACGGUCGUUACUACCUGUACUCCCAGGUGUACUUCCGUUACCCCUCUCCCAGCGAGGGCGAUCAGAACAGCGUAAGCCACCAGCUGGUUCAGUGCAUCUAUAAGAAAACCUCCUACCUGAGGCCGAUUCAACUCCUCAAAGGAGUGGGGACCAAAUGUUGGGCUCCAGACGCAGAAUACGCCCUUCACUCGGUGUACCAGGGUGGCCUGUUUGAGCUGCGAGCGGGCGACGAGGUCUUUGUGUCUGUCUCGUCUCCCACGAUGGUGUACGGCGAGGACUCUUCUAGCUACGUCGGAGCUUUCCGUCUGGACCUGUAAGAGCAUAUCAGAGGAGCUAAACCGGGACUAGGUUACCUAUCGGGUGGAUCGUUUUGGGGCUGUGACCCAAAGACUUCAUCGUUCAGCUUUCCUUUCUUUAAGACUCUGAAUAUGUGAAGGAUGUGUGAAUGAGAGACAUUUCGGACAAGGUUGUUUCUUUUAAAGACAGAGGAAUGUAUGUAUAUUUUUUACAGAUCACAUCAAAGAUGUGAAUCUUCAAAACGGUAGCAAAACAGGAGAGACAAAAACUCACGCAGAGUGAAUCAGUGCCAACGGCGAAUAGGGUUUGACGUGUGAACUCCACUCACGCUCGUCCGCUGGAGGGGAAUAUUUCUGCGUACAGCGGAUCUAAAAGAGUUUUAAAAACAGAGAUAUGAGAAGAGAUGACAGCGGGAAUGUGGAGGAAAGAAAGAUGAGAGGGCAAGUAUGCAGCUCUACCAGCCUCAAAGGAGCAUCCUGGCAGGUUGCAGGACUGUGGAAUUCUCCCAGUCCUGUCGGACCUGCGGAGCAACAUGCCCGGACAAGAAAAGGACCUAAAAACGUUCACAUAAACACAGAGGAAUCCAGCUUGUCGCACAGAUCGCAUUUAAGAACACCCAUUCUCGAGUAUUUAUGGCUUCCACACAUACAAAACACAGCGAUAUGAUAAAACACGUACGUUUCGUCUCAGAUACAAAUCACUUUUACAAGUCUCCCUCUGCUGUCUGGUCCAGGUUUGCAGGAGGAAAUGAUAUCAGGGAGGGACGCGCAGAGACACGUGCUUCCCGGCUCACGUGGUGCCGGCCGUAUGAAAGGUUAAAUAAACACUACACGGUUUGUUGAAAUGUCGCAUUUAUAUGAUGCUUUGUUUCUGCUGCACACACAUACAAAAACAGUCCGAGUGCCUCUCUUUCUCUGUGUGGUUGGUCGUUCAACCUGUGUAUAUAAUUGUAUUUAAUUCAGAAACGCAAGGUUUGGAAAUGAAUGUAAUGUUCUCCCAUGAAAAUCCGUCAAAACGAGCCUCCCGCUGUAAACGUAAACGCUGUGACGUUCUCCAAAGGAAGCGGCGCUGUGAAUCUCAAUAUAAGCCUGUAUUUUUAUUUUCUGAGGGAAAACUUUUUGAAGGAGGAGAGGGUGGGGGUGAUUACUUUCCACUGUAAAUGAUUGAGUGCUGUCACAAUGGUGUUUCUGAGAGCGAGCACAAUCACUCGCUUGGGUUUCUUUGUAAACCAUGAGCAUGUUUUCUUCUUUGGACUCUGCCCCGGUUUUUACUGAUAAAGUCAGGGAGCUAAAGGGUUCCCUGCCAAGACAGUGCCUUAAAUCACAUUAUACAGAAAGAACCAACACUCUUUGUGGCAUUUAGCUAUGGACAUAAUCUUAGUUAUGCCACAUAUUACAAAACUUCAUAACAUCUGACUCUUAUCUGCAAUUUGUAUGGAUUAAGAAACUUGGAUGCUGAUUUAAUCCAGAAGGGGAGAACAAGUUAUUCCUCAGCAGGUUAAUGCAUUUGGGGCAAACUCAUUUCUCUUGACUGGUAUAUGUGCCGCAAUGCCAAAAUUUCCUCACAAAGGGUACUCUUUUAUGUAUAAGGAAAUGUGACGUUAGAUACCACUAAGUUUUUUUGUAUGUAAAAGUGCCUUUGGGUUGUCGCUAUGCACUGAUCGCAGACCGGCACCAAUCUUUUACCAUGUUAAGGGAGGUUCAAAGUAUGUUUUAGAUCAGUGUUGAAGUCAUACAUGACCUCAUCAAUUACACAUCAUUAACCGCAUCAUUUUGCAGCCCAGUGAGAACUCGUACAUCAUCCGCUUAGCAAAAACAUUUUGUCAUUUUCUCACCCUAAUGUCGCUCCAAACCUGUAUGGCUUUUGUGGAACACGAAAGAACUUUUUUGAAAAAUGCUUCAGUGUUUUUUUUUUUUUUGUUCAUACAGUGAAAGUCAGUGGGGUCCACCAGACUCUGGAAAGUCUCAUUCUGCGAAAGAUACUAGGUCAUACAGGUUUAUACUGAAACGAGGGUGAGCAAAUGACAGAAUUUUUAUUUUGGGUUAACUUUUCCCCCAAAGGAGUCUGGAUAAUCCCACCAAUUGGCACUGACCGAGCUCAUUAUCCCCGUCAAUCUGCUCCGGCCCGCCCAGGGUCUUGUGUGAGUGUGCACAUGUGUAUACAAGUUGAAAUAUGUACCUAUCUGUAAAACGUGGGGGUCAUAGUGGGGUGAGGGGUGGCCUGGAAAGAGAAAUAUGGCUGAAUUCCAGCAGAUCUAGACAGAUUACAGCAGGACUUGCCCUCUGAACCACAAAGAACCACAAUGUGAACACAGAAGACAAAUGUAUGUUAGGUGCGUAUUUACGUGAGUGUGUGUGUUUUUUAAUUAAAAGGCUUGACUGGUUUCUGUGGAUGUGAUGGUUUGCAUACUUUAAAUCUCACAGAGCUUUGUAGAGAUUUUACGGGACUGCUGUGAAAAAAUAGAGCGGGGCCGAACAGUGAAAUCCAGUGAGCAACAUGAACUGUCAGUUGAAACAAAAAGACUAUUGUGUUUCCUUUUCCAGUGAGAGUGUUUUUCUUUUUUUCUUUGGGAUUGUUAAAUUCUCUGACCACCAAUCCGUGGGACUGUUUCUCAUUUUAAAAAAAGAUGUUAUGCACUGUUUACCAAUGUUGCGUCUUCAUCUUGGUAAGAAUGUACUGAUAUCUCUCAGACUCUCUCCUUCUUUAUUGUAUCAUUUUACAAUGUCUGACCUGUGUCCUUAAAGCAUAAGUUCGAGGUGUCAUUUUCAACAAUUAAAGUGCCUUUUUAUGAA